AUGUUUCCUCCAAUUGGGUUGGCCACAUUACCAAAGGCCCUAAUCCGAAUUCAUGGUCCUGACGCCACCAAGUUUGUCAACGGGCUCGUUACAACACGUUUACUUCCUGAUAUAGUCAAGAAAAAACAGCAUACAAUUUCUGAAAAUGAAAAUUCUCAUCAGGAAUUAUCGCAAAUAAUCGAUGUUCAUCGAAAUUGGGGCCUAAUGCAUGAGGAUAUCUAUGACCCUUCCAAUACUAUCUACGUGCUGCGUGGAGGAAUCAACUCGAUGUUUUUGAACUCGAAAGGAAGGGUGUUCACCGACUGUUUCAUAUACGCACAUCCAUUUGCAAAUUCGAGCGAAAAUGAUCAUCCCGACUAUGUGGUGGAAGUGGAUGAGUCUCUACGUACCAAGCUACAGAUGUUGCUCAAGCUUCACAAAUUAGCGGCAAAAGUCAACAUAGAAAAGCUUGAGAACGUCGAAAGCCAUUAUUACUAUAACGACACUCCAGAGUUCGAUUCGUUUUUGGAAGAACUUCAAAAUAAUUACAUCUUGACAAAAGACCCGUCACAAGCUAGGGAAAUGGCUCAACGACUUAUCGACGAUCAAGCUAUAUUUGGUCCCAAUAUACCCGUAGUAGGCUUUGCUGUGGAUAACAGAAUUCCCAACUUUGGUAUCAAGUUUUUAACAAAGCAAUUGCAAAACCAAGACCCAUUUUCAUCGCUGUUCAAGAGCCAGUUUGAGUCUCCAUCGGUUCUGGCUCAGGAUGUGGCUGUUCGUAGGUACACCAAUGGCUUGCUAGAGCAAGCUGAUGUAUCGUCAGAUGUUUCUAUUCUUCCAUUUGAGACCAACUUGGAUUUCACGAACGGGCUCUCGCUCGAUAAAGGAUGCUAUGUGGGCCAGGAACUCACUAUACGAACCUUUAAUGGUGGAACGAUAAGAAAGAGGGUUGUUCCAGUACAGUUUUUCGAGCUCAAAAAUGUGGAAUCUAUGGCUGCAAAGCACGAGCCGGAGUAUAACUUGAAAGAUGCUGUGGUUGACCAUCUAUCAAAAAUUACACAAACCGAUCUCAAAUCGCUCGUAAUUUCGCGAAUGGAUGGCAGCGAUGCCACAGAGGAACAUCAAACCAGCUCUCCGUUUGGAAGCUCAAAACCAGUAAGAAAGAGAAAACUGGGAAGUGGAAAGAUUUUGGCUCGCCAUGGAAAUGUGGGUCUUGCAUUGAUGAAUCUUGGGGAAAUUGAACACCAGAGUAUGUUCAAGGUAACUAUAGGUGAUGAGGAUGAUACGGAAAUUGGACUCAAAUCGUUUGUUCCGGGAUGGUGGCCACAAUAG